AUGGCGCCUUUUGAGUCUUUAUAUGGUCGUAAAUGUCGAACUCCACUAUGUUGGCGUGAGACGAGUGAGAAAGUGCUUGUUGGACCCGAAAUGAUUCAAAUUACACAUGAUAAGAUUCAAGUUAUUCGGGAAAGGAUAAAAGACGCUCAGGACAGACAGAAGUCGUACGCUGAUAAUCGUCGACGACCAAUUGAAUUCACCAUGGGCGACAUGGUUAUGUUGAAACUUUCCCCUUGGAAGGGUAUUCUACGAUUUGGUAAGCAAGCAUAUCGACUUGAUCUUCCAGAAGAGCUGUUUGGUAUUCACGAGAAAUUUCAUGUUGGAUAUCUUCAAAAGUGUUUGGGUAAGUAUGAUGAAACAAUUCCCUUAGCUGAGGUGAAGAUUGACGAACGACUGAGAUAUAUCGAGGAACCAGAAGAAAUUUUAAACGAAAGAAUGGCAAAUCUUCAGAACAAGACAAUCGAUUUGGUAUUGGUGAAAUGGAAGCAUCAUCGUGGUCCGAAUUGCACGUGGGAGAACAAAGAAAAGAUGCUUGCCAAAUAUCCCGAGCUAUUCGAGAAAUGA